AAUGGACAAGUUCUUAGUAAUUUUAGUUGCUAUGCUUGUAAAGAAUAUUUAUACUUUGGAAAAUAUUGCGAGAGGAAAGGAAGCUUUUCAAAGUUCAACAACAUUCCAUAUUAAUCAUAAAUUAGCUAAUUUUGCAACUGAUUCAAAUAUUGUUAUUGAUGAUGGAGUGAGUGGUUACGAAUGUGCUAAAACUCAUUCAACUGUUGAUGAAUUUUCCUGGUUUGCAGUUGACCUUGAAAAUAUUUACAAAGUGGAAAGAGUUUGCCUUCUAAAUGGGAUGAAUAGUAACUAUUUAAACAAUUUUGAAAUCACUGUGGGCAAUGUAACAGAAGUAGGCAACAACUUUUGUGCAAGAGUUAUUCCACCUAUAGAAAAAUCAACCUCAACAUCCUUUUCGGAAUACGAAUGUUUAACUUGCGCUGACAAUGCUGUUGGUUCAUUUGUUUUGCUAAAAAAGACCGUUGUCAACUCUGCAAUAAUGCUUUGUGACAUUAUUGUUGAAGGAAAAUUCAUUAGGGAUAGAGAUCUACAUUUAAAGAAUGUUUACAUUACUGUAAAAUCAAUUCCAGACACGUAUUAUGACCCAAAUAAUUUAAUGUGUAAAAAGAACGUUACAUCUCCCAAUCAUCGGCCAUAUACUGCAAUAGUAAUGUGGUGUGAUGAUAUUUACUCCGGAAAUUAUUUACUUAUUAGCCAACGUCCAGACUCUGAUAGUAUCAAACUUGCAUUAGCAUUGACAGAAAUCUAUAUUUAUGCUAAGAAAUUUGAUAAAUCUGAGCAAUAUGAUAAUAUUCAAGAUAUGACUCAUCAAUGCCAAACUAAAUCACCUUCACCAGGAGUUUCUCUCACUCUCGUUAAUCAUAACGAAUUGAUUGGAAAAAUGUGCCUUGCUGAAUUGAUUGGUGAAAAUAUUACUCAAUCUGACAUUAUCAUUCUUUCAAGGAAUGAAUUGAAUGCAAAUGUAAUGGGACUUUUCCAACCUUUGAAAUUGUCCAAUGAGGAUGGAGAUAUCGAUUACGGAAAAAGUGUAUUUUUAACAUGUCAAAAUUGUGGUUACUAUAUUGAUUUCUACCAUUUUGGUGAGAUAAUGAACUGUUUUCAACAAGUUCAUUUAUAUUCACUUGAAUAG